AUGGGAAGUUAUUUCCUCAAAAUGCUGUUGGUAGUGUUUGUGUGCCUUCUGCAUAUCAUAGUAUCCGUUCUUGGAUUCAACUCACCAUCACAGGGUUCUUACGUAAAAUGCAUAGAGAGGGAGAGACAUGCACUCCUCAAUUUCAAACAAAAUGUCCUAGAUUACUAUGGCAUGCUGUCCACGUGGAGGAACGAUGAAAAUAGCAGAGACUGUUGCAGAUGGGAAGGUAUUGAAUGCAACGAUGAAACUGGUCACGUAGAGAUGCUUGAUCUUCGUGGUUCGGAACAACAGUUUUUGUUAGGUUCAAUCAAUAUCACUUCAUUGGUUGACUUGCAAAAGUUAGAAUACUUGGAUCUCAGCUCUAAUGAUGGUUCCAUUGGAUGUCAAAUUCCAUCAUCCAUCGGCUCCUUCCAAAGUUUAAGAUAUCUCAACCUAUCACAAUCAACUUUCUCAGGCACAAUUCCCUAUGAACUGGGAAAUCUCUCAAAAUUAGAGUGUCUUGAUCUAAGUGCCAAUUAUUACAUCUAUGGUGAGAUUCCUUCUCAACUUGGAAGUCUGUCAUAUUUGAGAUAUCUCGAUCUUUCAGAAAAUUCACUUUCGGGAGAACUCCCUUUCCAGGUUGGAAAUCUCCCUCUCCUGCAUUUUCUUAUACUUGAUGGCCGUUUUGGUCUUAAAAUAAAAGAUGAAAAUUGGCUAUCUUCUCUGUCUUUAUUAACAAUUCUCAGUCUCGAUUCAUUUUCUUAUCUUAACUUCUCUCAUCCCUGGCUUCAAAUUAUUAGUCAGCGUCUUCCAAACUUAAGAGAGUUAAAUCUAGAAAGUUGUGGACUUUCAGAUGCUGAUUUUUUACCGUUGUUUCCUUCUGAUUCCAACAUUUCGACUUCUCUUUCCAUCCUUGAUCUCUCUAAUAAUUUGCUCACGUCAUCAACAUUCCAGUUGUUGUCCAACUAUAGCCCUAAUCUUCAAGAGCUUCUUCUUUAUAACAAUGAAAUUGUUUUGUCGUCUGCUCUUUAUCUAAACUUCCCUUCUCUCGUGAUCCUUGAUCUCUCUGGGAAUAAUCUGACCCAUACAUCAAUAUUUCAAGGAAAUCUCAACUUCAGCACCAAACUACAAGACCUUGAGUUGAUUGAAUGCAGUCUCACUGAUAAAAGCUUUUUUGUGUCAUCUGCUUACAUUAAGAAUUUUCAUUCUCUUCUCACCCUUGAUCUCUCCUUUAAUCUAUUGAAAUCAUCCGUUGUAUUUCAUUGGGUUUCCAACUUCUCCGCCAAUCUUCAAAGACUUUCCCUAUGGUAUAACUUGUUAGAAGGUUCCAUUCCAGACGGAUUGGGGAAAGUAAUGAGCUCUCUCAAAGAUCUUGACCUCGGUUCUAACAAACUAAAAGGCAAGAUUCCAGCUUCCCUUUGGUUUCUUUAUCAGUUGAAGUCUCUUCAUCUUGAGGAGAAUUACCUGGAGGGUGAUAUCAAUGAAUUUCAUUUUACAAAUUUGUCAAAAUUGAUAAAGCUAGACUUAUCAGACAACUCACUGUCUCUAAAGUUUGCUACCACUUGGACUCCACCCUUCCAAUUACGUAAAUUGGGCCUAGCUUCUUGCAAGUUGGGUUCUAGCUUCCCAAGUUGGCUCCAGACUCAAAGUCAGUUAGAAUUUCUGGAUAUUUCUGAUGCGGGAAUCGAUGACUUUGUACCAGACUGGUUUUGGAACAAUUUACAGUUUAUAAGUGAGACGAAUAUGUCUUACAACAGUCUCAAAGGUGUGAUACCGAAUUUAACGAUGAAGUUUGUCGAAUAUCAUCCCCUUGCAAUAAUUCUAAAUUCAAAUAAACUUGAAGGUGUAAUUCCUACAUUUUUGCUUAACGCUGGCACACUGGAUCUGUCCGAAAAUAAAUUUUCAGAUUUUAAUACACUGUGUGGCAAUAGGGUACCAAACUAUAUGACCACUUUGGAUUUAUCAAAUAAUCAAAUAGUUGGACAACUUCCUGAGUGUUGGGAACAUGUAAAUUCACUAGAAUUUCUUGAUCUAAGAAAUAAUAAAUUAUCAGGGAAGAUUCCACAGUCCAUGGGUACUCUGGUUAAUUUGAAAACUGUGGUCUUGCGAAACAACAAUUUUAUUGGAGAACUGCCACUCGAAUUGAAGAAUUGUUCUAAGAUGGCUUUAUUGGACGUGAGUGAAAAUUUGUUGUCAGGACCAAUACCCUCUUGGAUUGGGGAAAGUAUGCAAAAAAUGAAAAUCUUGAGCAUGCGAGUAAAUGGCUUCUUUGGAAGUGUCCCUGAACAACUCUGCUAUUUGAGCCAACUUCAAGUCUUGGACCUCUCAAGGAAUAACUUGUCAGGAAAAAUUCCAACAUGUUUGAGGAAUUUUUCUGCAAUGAUGGAAAGGAGCGUAUUCCAGGCAGUAACGGGACGAAAAUUUUCAAGUCGAGGGUUGCUUGCUUUUAGUUCUGACUCUUACUUGCUAUUGACGUGGAAAGGGCAUGAUUACGACUUCUGGAUUCCAAAGAAUCUUCUUAAAAGCAUUGACCUCUCAAGUAACAGUUUAACAGGUGAAGUACCCAAAGAGAUUGGAUAUUUACUUGGAUUGGUUUCUCUGAAUUUAUCAAGAAACAACUUUUAUGGAGAGAUUCCUUUAGAAAUUGGGAAUUUAAGUUCGCUGGAAUUUCUAGACUUAUCAAGAAAUAAUUUCUCCGGCAAUAUUCCUUCGACUCUUCCCAACAUUGAUAGUCUUGGAGUGUUAGACCUAUCAAACAACAAUCUCAGUGGAAGAAUCCCAUGGGGAAGACAUUUUGAAACCUUUGAUGCCUCUUGUUUUGAAGGAAAUAUUAAUCUUUGUGGAGAGCAACUCAACAAAAGAUGUCCAGGAGAUGAGACAAAAAAAACUCAACAACCAGCAAUCGAUGGAGCAGAGAAUUCAAAUUUCUAUGGAGCAUUAUACAUGAGCUUGGGGCUAGGUUUCUUUGUAGGCUUUUGGGGCUUAUUAGGAUCAAUGCUACUUUGGCAACCAUGGAGAAUUGCUUACAUGAGAUUUUUGAACAGACUCUUAGAUUAUGUACUUGACUGA